UGUGAAGAAUAUCACAAAAUCUCAUAAAAAGAUAUAAUGCGAUCGUAAAAAUUAAAAAUAUUUUGAUUAUUAAAUAAAUAUAUUAUUAAAUGGCAUAUAAAAUGUCAUUGCAACAUCAAUUAUAUUCUCGAUUGAUAAUUUACGACCAUAUUGUAUCUCUAGAUGAAUUACACUAUGCUAGAAUAUUUCAUUUUUAAAAUUCAAGUAUUUUAUUAUUUUUAAAUCACUUUCAAUGUUAAAAUGAUCUGAUUAAUUAACUUAUCAAAAUAUCCUACUCUUUAAAAAAGAAUGUCAUAUUAAUACAACUUUCAUUUUCAUUUAUUUUAUAUUUAAAAAUAAGAAAUAUACUUGUUGCUGAAAUUAUAACAAAAAAGAACAAACUAAAAGGAAAAACUAGUAUAAUUAUAAUGUUGAUUCAGUGAUUCAUGAUAAUAUUACCAGGAACCUAUAAUUAUUGACCUUCUUCACUUCAGAGCACGUCUGACCUUGCUCCUUGUUCCACUUCGAACAUUUUACUAUUUAAAUGAGUAAUAUUGCGACACGCUUUUUAUACAUAAAUGAAGACAUAAUUAUGAUCGGAAGUAAUUUACACUAAAUUACUUGGCAAUACAUUCUAUAUUGUUUUAUUAUCACGGAAAGGAUUAUUGCUCCUUUGUUUGUAAAAGGUCGCAUAUUAUUUUCGUUCCGAAAGAAUGUACGAGUUAAUGCGCUUCUCUAAAAUGUGCUGCAGGAUAUUCUCGUUGUAUAUAAGGGAAACUUAUUGAGUGAAAAUUUUAUUAUUUCAAGUGUUUUGAGUUAGAAUAUUUUUGAUAUUCGAUCAUGUUUUAUAUAUUAUACGCAGUUUUGUUUGUGGGUAUUUUGAGAAAUUGUAUUCUGGCACAAGAUACGAUUACUUUUGACAGUACAACCAUAUCGUCAAAUCAAAAUACAACAUCGUGUUGCGUUUUAAAGAAUAAUUGUCCAUCUAUCAAUCCAGGAAUCGAUUUUCGAAUUGUUAAUACGGGUUCUAAUUGUUCCGAAGGGCAAGUAUAUUGUUGUUCAUCUAAUUCGCAAAACUUAUUCGACACUACUUGCGGUAUCAGAAAAAUCUCGCCAUCUUCACAUCUUCAAGGUCAAGCCAGUUAUGGUGCAUAUCCUUGGCAAGCUGCACUUUUAACAACUAACAAUAAUUAUAUUGGUUCUGGUGUACUUAUUACAUCAAAUCAUGUAUUAACUGUAGCUCACAAGGUAACAUCUUACAUAAAUGGUGGACUUAAAGUAAGAUUAGGAGAAUGGGAUAGCCAGUCUACUAAUGAACCUUAUCCAUAUCAAGAUUAUUCAAUUAAAAAAAUAUCCAUACAUCCUGAAUUGAAUUCUCUUAAUCUUCAAAAUGAUAUAGCAGUAAUAACUUUAAAUAAUACUGUUCCAAUUUCAAGCAGUCCUAAUAUUAACACUGCAUGUUUUCCUACAGCAAUACCUGCAGCUAAUACAAAAUGUUGGGUGUCAGGUUGGGGAAAGAAUGCAUUUGGAACAAAUGGCAAGUACCAAAGUAUAAUGAAAGAAGUAGAUGUACCUAUUGUUGAUCAAUCAAAAUGUGAAAAUGAUCUACGGAAAACUAGACUUGGACAAUACUUUAUACUAAAUAAAAGUAGUUUUAUAUGUGCAGGAGGAGAACAAGGAAAAGAUGCAUGCACAGGUGAUGGAGGUUCACCAUUAGUAUGCCAAAAUGGAAAUGGACAAUGGCAAGUGGUUGGAAUGGUUACAUGGGGUAUUGGUUGUGCAACUAGUAAUGUUCCUGGUGUAUAUAUAAAUGUAUAUAAUUAUAUUUCAUGGAUUAAACAACAAAUAAAUUAAAGUAAAUAACUAUAUAUUAUAUAAACUAUAUAAUAUAUAUUUUUAGUUAUAUAUUAAAGUAAAUAAUUAUAUAAUAAUUACAUAUACUAAUAUUAUAUAAAUAAUUAUAUAUUAUACACAUAAUAAAUUUAAUUAAUAUUCAAUAAUUUAUUUAAAAUAUUGAAUAAUAUAUAUAAUGCAUAAUAUACAUAAUAUAUAAUUAUACAUUCUAUGAAUCUGCGAAUAUACUUUCUUCUCACCGAUUUUGAUGACUUUGAAAUAUAUUAUAAACAUCUUGAGUAACUUUUUCUUUGACACAUAAUCAACGAUUAGCUUUUAACUUUCGAAUUAUUCACAAAAAUCUUUAAUAUUAUAUUAUUAAAAUAUUAUUAUUAUAACUAUUAUAUAUCUAUAAUUGUGUAUCCUUCAUAAUAAAAAUUAAUAAUAAAAAAAAAAUUAAACAAAA